AUGUUUCGCAAUUUUGGGGAAGUUUUGGGUGGUUUGAUAAUGGUUUUUGUCGAUAUCUAUUAGCACCUGAAUUUUAUAAUUCCAUCCGAAUACGCCCUCUUGCCCUUGCUGAUGAUUUCGCCGUGAUCUAUGUAUAGGUUACGAGGCGCACGAUACCGUCAACACAUGCUGAAUCGUGCCAAAGGUGUUUUCUUUGCUGGAACCAAUUCUUCAUGACAUUCCAGAGCAGUAUCACGUGGUCCACAAUAUAGCAGACGAGAGCGCUGCAGGUUUCAUUUCCACUCCAACUCGUAGAUUGCAUAAUCAGAGGCGGGAAAAAACGACAUGGGUGAACUGAGGUGUGUUGUGAUGGUGGUAGUGGUGGUGGUGGUGGGGUGUCUAAUGGCCACAGGGGUGGAUUCCAGACCGCUGAGUUCGUCGGAGUCCAGUCGGAUGGACCGCUUCAUGCACGAAAUCAAGCGGUGUGGUCGCGUGCCCGCCAUGUCGCUGUCAAUGGUGCGGGAUGGCGAGGUGGUCUACGUGCACGGAUACGGCACCGCCAACCCGACCGCCCGCACUGCGACGACGAGGGACACGGUGUUCUGUCUGGGCGGCAUCACCCAGACCUUCACGGCGACCCUGAUGGCGAAACUCCUCAACGACAACCGCAACUAUACAUGGGAUACGCCCAUUACAGAAAUGCUGGGAGGCUUGGUGCAGUUCGGUGACCGGUAUCGUUCAGAAUACCUGAGUCUGAAGGACGUUUUUACUAUGAGGACUGGACUGACCAACAUGGAUAUAGUUCCGCUGGCCAAUUCCAUGCGGCGCUACAGGCUCAUUCGAAACCUGAAGUUUGCGCCGGAAGUGGCACCUUUCCGUGAGAGGUUUGUGCACAAUGACGUCAUGUUCGUGCUGGCCGGAGAGGUCCUGCGCGUGCUGGGCCGGGACUCGUUCGACAAGCUGGUGAAGCGCCACCUGCUGGAGCCCCUGGGGAUGACGAACACGUUCUUCCUGAACGUGGACGCCGAGGGUCAGGCCAACCUCGCCCAGCCCGUACUCAGCUACAAGGGCUCGCCAAUGGUGAUCCCCAUGGAAUCUCUCAGAGGCCAACACCUAAUAGCGGCGGGAACGUCAAUGUGUUCGUCUGCCCUAGACAUGGCGAACUGGCUGCUGUUUAACCUGGACGACGGGAUGAACUCCGACCAGGAGGAGAUAAUCCCCAGCCACCUGCUGGCCGAACUCUACACGCCCCAGACGGUGCGGAGUGGAGGGGGCGACCCGAGGACGGAGGGCUUCACACAGCACCAGUCACAGAUAGGCUACACGUUGAAUUCCAACACGCUCGGUUAUGAGCGAGGAUUCUUCAGAGACUACACCAUGCUCUCGAAAGGCGGAUCACUGCCCGGAUACGAAAGCCUGCUGACUUUCAUCCCGGAACGCGACGUGGGCGUCUUCACUGGCUUCGUGGGCGACAACAACGCCAGACUGUACGCCACGAAGACGUUCGUCAACAGCUACGCCCUCGACAUGCUGCUCCACGGCCAGCCCGGCGUCGACCUCGACGACGUGUGUAACGUCAUAGACAACAUGGUGGACGAGGUGAACAAGUACAGGGACAGUGAAUCGACGUCUGUCGUACACCAGGCGGGCGAGGCGCAGCGCCCCCUGGAGACCUACAGGGGGCUGUACCGGAGCCUCGCUUUCGACGACGUGCGCGUGGUGGUGAACGAGUCGAUGCUGUACCUGAGUUACGGGAUGUACGCCGAGUACAUACUCCACCCGACAGACACCAACGACGUCUUCAUCAUGGAGGCCAUCUCGGGCCCCAUUUGGUACACCACCCACGUCGACAUCUACAGGCAGACGGGCAGGUUCGUCGCGCGCUUCAACGCGUCCGCAGAAAACAGUGACGUCAUCGAAACCGUGGUCAUUCCGCAUUUCGACAAGAACGUCGACCCAGUGUUUGGCAAACGGGUGGAGAUUCCCGAUCUGUCGGCUAAGCCCUGGGACGAUUGUAACGGGUCGCCUGUAGCAACAACGACCUUCACCUUGGUUUAUUUACUUAGUUUUAUCAUUAUUUCAUUAAAGUGUCAUUUCGCUUGAUCAGAAUAAUAAUUUUAUCAUGUCCACUCGAUCAGGCUUCGAUAUUUUUGCGGGAAUAUGUGAUGGAUUAAAUCGCAGACGAUAAUUUUUUUUGCUUCACCAGCAUCUUUGGAAAUGCCAUCACAAGAUCAUUACUUGUUCCAUGAUCCAUUGCCAAGUGCUUUUUGUUGAGCAUGUAAUUGGGAAGCAGUGUAGUUAUAAUACGCAGUGCUAUUAAUUUUGACAGCAUAUAAUAUGCUAUAUAUACUCUUUGGGGCGCCAGCUAAACAUACCUGACAUGGUUAUAUUCAGAAUACACAUCGCAAGAAGAAACCCGACACUGUACUUGACGUAGGUGUGCUUGCGAUGUCUUAGCCAUACCUCCAGCAUGUGAAAUAAAGGGGAAUGAAAUAUGAAGUAAAUGUGUACCAUAUCAAUGACAUGUACCAUGACGUCAUCGACACCAUGUCAAUGUGUACCAUGUCAAUGACAUCAUUUUCGUACUGAAAAGAAUUGGAUUAUUUGUGUAGCGACACCUCAGCACAUUUUAAACUUCGGCUAUAUGGUGUCCAAAAUUAUUACUUCGACAUUUUGUCUAAACAAACCCCUGCCGCCAUAUAGGCUACUCUUGUCGAUAAAACAGCAAGGGAUUUUUUUUUUUAUCUUCAUUCCCAUAGACAUAACAGCACAUACCACGACUUAUAAUGUACUAGCCGUAGAACAUUGAUUGAGACGGGGAAAACGCGACUCCAUUGAGGGCGAUCGAUCCUGCGACUCGCCGCACACCAGGCGAUCGAAUGUAAAU